GCGUGGCUCCGGAAAGAGGGGGAAAAUGCCAUCUACGUCAAGAAGGCCAUUCUGGCCAACACCGGCUUGCGGUGGGAGCAGAGAAUAAGGCAGACGUUUAACAAGUAUGACACGGAUGGCGAGGGAUUUCUCGACAUGAAGGAGCUGUCCAAGGCUUUGCAAAACUUGGGCUCCUUGACGACCGAGGAGGUGCGAAACGUCUGUGUGAGCCUGGACGCCUCCGGGGAUGGAAAUGUCUCCUUUGAUGAGUUCGCCAGCUGGGUCAAGAGCGGAGUUGGCAACCGAGAGAUCGAGAAAGCCAAGGCCAUCUUGGCCCCGAGUGACAGCGACGGAUUGGAAGCGGCUUUCUACAACUUUU